AGAGAGAGAGAGAGAGAGAGGAAUGGAUUGUUGAGAUACUAUAACUGUUCCAUGUUGUGGUGAGUGAUCCAGUUCUUUGAGGUAGAGUGCAACAGAAGACUUGCUUCGACUCGAAGGAUUCAGAAAUAGAGCAGUCUCAGCUUUAUACUUGCAGAGUAUUUGACAUCAAACAGUGAUGUCUACAGCUUCUCAGAUAUGCAUAUACAUACACAUGGGAAACAAUGUAUUGUUGGGCAAGCAAAUAGAAGACCGGACAUGUCUGCAAGCCGAGCCGCACAAGAACGUAGGAAAGCACAAAAAAAGGGCAUCCAUUUAGCCAAGGAAGAGCGAAGGAUUCUUUACGUUUCCUUUCAUGUAAGGGAAGAUAAGGCAUCCCAAGGAGAGGUUUGGAAUGACCGCGACGCCAUGCAAAGCCACCGCAACGAACCGAGAAAGAAGAGGUGUACUAUAAAUACAGCAGCCGGCCUCCAAGCAUGCUGCACACGACACCAGCAGUUCAUCUUCUUUCUAUCAAUUUCCAUGGAUGGCUCGAGAGGACAGCCCAAGCAGCUGGUUUACCAGGAUCUGCAGCCACCCACCGAGUGGAAUGAGACCGCUCAUAAUCAUAUCCUCCGUGUUCUUCUUCCAGGUUUUAAGGCGGAAGACAUCAAGAUCCGUGUUGACGACGACUCCAGGAAGCUGAAGGUGAAGGGCAGGAGGCGUGUGGGUCAGGCUACGGUGGAGCGUUUUGAGCGUGAUUUCGACGUUCCUCAAGAUGCCGACCUCGAAAGGGUCGGUGGGAGGUUCCAAGAUGGCUGGCUUUCCGUCAUCAUGCCAAAGAAGAAGACACAAGAAACAGAAUCAACUCAGGUGGGUAUCUCACAGGAAGAAGAUAAGAAGAAGAAAGAGGAAGAGCCCAUCCUGCAAGAGAAGCCAGAGAGUGGUCAGCACAAGGCCGUCGAGAAGCCAAUAGACGGUGUUGGGAUCGAGGAAAGACAUUUCCCCAUGGGAAUACCAGCAGGUGGUGACAGGAAACAGGAAGAAGAGAAGGCAAAGAGUAGAACGGAGAGUGGAAAGAAGCCCAAGAGUUGGUGCACUAACAAAGAUGGCAGAAAGGAAGGUGUGAGUUGGAUGAAGAGGAUGAAGGGGAUGGAGGAGUGGGUCGACUCUCAAGUGGUGGAUAAGCUGGUGGAGAGCUUCAACAAGAACAGGAACGUCAUUGCUGCUGCAGCUGUAGGCUUCUCCAUUGGGUUCUACGUGUCCUUAAAGCUGAGGUCAAGCAGCAGAUGAGGCCAGCAAGCAUGCAGAAGCCAUGCGCAGUCUCACGUACUCCACUUUAACUUCCAGUUAUUGGUUUCUCAUGUUCUAUAUAAACACUACCACACUGUUCCCAUCUCCUGUAUUCUUCACAAUAACUAAAGAAAUCAAAACAAAUAGUAGAUAUUUGCUUUUAA